CCCGAGGCGAUGCACCUCGCCCCUACUCCGUGUUCGGCUCGACCCGAGCGGCGAGGAUUUACCCGGGCGCACGUCCGGGACCAGUCCACCCCGCGAUUAUGUAAACGGAGCGAUAUUGUGCCGCGUUCGAAGCUGUCGAGGCUUCCUGACCGUCGAGCUUGACGCAUCGCCGUAAUUUCAAGCUUGGACUCGAUUCACGGAUUCAACGCAGCGUGCGUUCUACGAUUCAUCUCGUGAGCGAGAGAGCAUUAAAGAUUUUUGACACAAGGAAGGAAUCUGGCAGCCGACAACAAUGCUUAGCAACCGUAUGUCAACGAUCCUGCGGCUGGCUGCGCAGGAGCAGCAAUGGCAGCAGCAGAGGGGGAUGGCCACCCUCAAGGCGAUCUCUAUGCGUUUGAAGUCUGUCAAGAAUAUCCAAAAGAUUACUCAGUCCAUGAAGAUGGUGUCAGCAGCUAAAUACAGUCGAGCUGAGCGCGAUUUGAAACAAGCUCGUCCCCUCGGCGUCGGCACAAAAAUAUUCUACGAGCAGGCUGAGAUCCAAGCGCCGCCGGAGGAGCCGAAGAAGCUUAUUGUUGCCGUGACCAGCGAUCGCGGUCUCUGCGGCGCUGUGCACUCUGGUAUAUCCCGUAAUAUUCGUGAUCGAUUAUUGGCUGAUCCUAAGGAACGUGAGAACACAAAGAUCAUAUGCAUUGGCGAUAAGUCCCGGGCGAUCCUCCAGCGGCUGUUCGCGAACAACAUACUCUUCGUCGCAUCUGAGGUCGGCCGUAAACCACCGACAUUCAACGAUGCGGCAAAGAUAGCUGUACAGAUCAUGAACAGUGGUUAUUCCUUCGGCUCUGGACGCAUAGUAUACAACAGAUUCAAGUCCGUGGUAUCGUACGCGAUUGAUGAUCUACCGUUGUUCGAUAAGAAUGCGGUGGUUACCGCACCGAAGCUGUCGGUGUACGAUUCACUUGACGAGGAAGUAAUACAGAGCUAUCUGGAAUUCUCGCUCGCCUCGCUGUUGUUUUAUUCGAUGAAGGAAGGCGCCUGCAGCGAGCAGUCCAGCCGUAUGACGGCCAUGGACAACGCCAGCAAGAACGCCGGAGAGAUGAUCGACAAACUCACUCUCACGUUCAACCGCACUCGGCAGGCCGUGAUCACCAGGGAACUGAUCGAAAUUAUCUCCGGCGCCGCCGCUUUGGAGUAAGAUUGUCCCGCUGGGAAUAUUUAGUUUAUCAAUUUAUAGUGCCAGCAAAUAGAAAGAGAAUACGCUGCUGGAAAAGGAAGAACGGGGAGACAAACCUGUUACGCUGCCGAAGGAUAAAGUUCCCCAUUGACUUGGACGAUGUUCGAUCAACCGCGGAGUUGCAUGAUAAACAUCAAGAAUAUUAUAAGUCUAUCUGUUAUUUAUAUGUCCAAGUUGUUCAAUAAAUCAAUCCAAUUACAAAA